GAUUUAGCCUAGCUCGGUGAAGAAGUUGAUAAGAGUAUUUUGGGCCCUAUGUUGGCGAGAUAGCAUUUCAGUACAAGGACUUUGAUUGAACUUCAAUCUGAAGAAUGGGCAAGUUUUUCGUUCAAGGGACAGUUGAACCAGGUUUUGAGCCCGUGAAGGAGUUGUUCGCCAGAAAUAUUCAGAACGGGACAGAGUCUAAUGCUCAACUAUGCGUGUAUCAUCGGGGUAGAAAAGUGGUUGAUCUUUGGGGAAGUGCCUGUGGCGACCCCAAGUUUGGCCCCGAAUCUUUGGUUAAUGUAUUCAGCGCCACCAAAAGUGUCAGCUCAAUCUGCAUGGCCGCUCUCGUCGAUCGAGGCUUGUUGAAGUACGAGGAUAAAGUCAGCCAACAUUGGCCCGCAUUUGGAAAACAGGGCAAAGAGAAUAUCACAGUGGCCGAUGUGUUACGUCACGAGGCUGGCUUACCGACCUUGAGCAAGUCCUUGAGGAGGGAACACAUCUCCCGUAAAUGUAUCAAGGCCAAUGUCAUCGGCCAAGUCAUCGAAGAAACAAGGCCGCAUUUCCCUCCCAAGAGCUUUGGAUCGGUCCGUGAAUAUCAUGCCGUAACGAGGGGAUGGAUUUUGAAUGAAAUUUUCCGUAGAGUCGAACCCAAAGGGCGCACCAUUGGCGAAUAUCUCAGGGCCGAGAUCAGUGGGCCUCUCGGCAUCGACGUCUACAUCGGAGUCGAAGAGGACGAAUUGAAGCGGUUUUCAAGUUUACAAACAUGGCACUGGUCCAAAGUGAUGGCUCAGAGUAUGAUACCAGAGAUGUUUGGUCGGAAAAUUGAGCCCAAUAUGGCCACGAUCGUGCUCAAAGCCUUCAAAGUCGUUUCCACUUCCCGUGAAUUGGAGAGGACGCAGCCCACACGGCAACCUGUGGUUGAAGGCAUGGAAAAGAUCAAAAACCCGGCCAAUAUCUUCCCGAACUUCAACACUAAGGAAGUUCGAAUGGGGGAAAUACCUAGCGCCAAUGGGAGUUGCACCGCCAGAGGUUUGGCCAAGCUAGCUCAAUGCAUACUGAAUGGCGGGGAAUUCAAUUCAGUGCGAAUUCUGUCCACAUCAGUUGUGGAAAGGAUGCAGGAUAAACCUGUCAAGCGGAAAGACUUUGCUUUCUCGGGAGUGCAGAACUACUUCAGCCAAGGUGGAGUCAACCAUUUCGUGACCUUUGACGAUGACACGAAACAACAGAAACAAACCAAGAAACUUCGUGAAGGUUACGUGGGAUGGUUUGGCAUGGGAGGCUCGGUUUUUCAAUGGAACCCUCGUGACGAAAUUGCCUUUGCCUUCGUGCCAACUCUGAUGCAUUGGUACGACGUGGCCAACAUCAGGGGAGCCAGAUACCAACACCUCAUUAAUAAAUGUGUCAAAAGUAUGACUGUGUCGUGAUUGUCAGUAGCAUUUUACGGGAUAAAUAAAGUUUUAACUUUGGUUUGCA